UUAGUGGCUUGUUAAAUCAUUACAACAUCGCACUCGUAACGGCUGUGCGCUUACAAUUUAAAAAUAUAUUUAUAUGUCAAAAUGUCGUGUCAAAUUUUAUGAAUUAUGUGCUUAAUGUUUGAUAAAUCGCGUGUAAUAUUGUUAAACUGAAACUAUUUUAUUAUUAACGUGUCUUCCAAUAAGUGAUCUGAUAAUAAAAUGGAGAGGAACGGUGGAUCUAGACUUCUCCAGAUGCAGACCACAGUAACUGGUGGGAGCCAGAUCAUUGGAAGAUGCGUUCUGGCCAGAUAUCCACGUCCCUGGGAGAGGCUGAUCCAGCUGAAAUAAGGAAUGGUUGGCUCACAUUACCUGACCCUAAGGCACGCUUCCAGCAGAAGCAAUUACAGGAGCGCGAACAGAAGAUCGCGUCUCUAUACGAAUCACAGCAAGCCAGGGCUCUGGACCGAGUGAGACACUCGCCAAGCAACGGACUCACCAGCACCACGCCUACACUACCAUCACCACAGACCCUGCCUCAUCAGCCGGGGAAGGUCCGUCAGAUGUUUGAAGAGAGGCGAACCAAGGCCGGGAUAGACAAGAGCUACCCUCUCCAACCGAUACAGAACACGGAGCGGACACAGCCGCGCAAGACCAUGACCAACGGCUUAAAUAAACUGACAACCAAGACUGCUGACAGGAAAACGCUGAAAACGCUCACCACGAGCACACACACUGUCAAAAAACAGAACACUACGAAGGUCCAUAAAGUCGGUGCGGCUGUGAACGGCUCCGGAGACGUCAACCACAACCACGAGCUGGACCUCAACACCAACACGUCUGUGCAGCCUCGCAGCAACGGUGAAGUACAAAAAGAUGAGAGAGACGCCAACGACAACACGGAGCUCAUAGAGAACGAAACCUUCCCUGAACUAGCGCUGGAGCAGUUGACGCCGCGGACGACGCCAGACACGAACGGGAACAAUAAUAAUAAGAAGAGCAGUCCGGCAGCGACGAGGCCCAGGAGUCCAGUGAAGAGUAAGCCGGCAGCUGUCACAACACCCAGGAAACUGACCAGUGACAAUAAGGCGUCCAGGGAGAACAGUAAGCCCCGGGGGGCGAUGCAGCGGACGGUCAACUCGGUACUUAAAAAACCUCUCACUGCGAGUCCACAGACCUCCGCCUCGAAGGCGCGCUCGACCACCGAGAGGUCUAGUGAAGGGGCGUGCGGCGUCUGCGGGCGGCACUUCGCCCCCGACAGACUCGCCAGGCACCAGGACAUCUGCCGCAAGACACACUCCAAGAAGAGGAAGCCCUUCGACGUGCUCAAACACAGACUAGCGGGCACGGAAGCCGAGCCGUUCAUCAACCGACUCCGCAAGGGACCCGCCAACACCUCCUCCACCAAGCUGCAGAAGCCUCUGAACAGUACGUGGAGACAGAAACACGAGGAGUUCAUCCAGGCGAUACGAGCCGCCAAGCAAGUUCAGGCGCAUCUCAACGCUGGAGGUAAGUUGAGCGACCUGCCGCCGCCUCCUCCGUCCGAGAACCCGGACUACGUCCAGUGUCCUCACUGCAAGAGACGCUUCAACCAAGCCGCCGCCGACAGACACAUCCCCAAGUGCGCCAACUUUCAAUUCAACAAAAGUAAACAACCGCCCAAAAAACGAUAAUCACAUCAACAAACGCAGCAGCGGACCGUCGACCGGGUCUAAAGUAAACUCUGACUCUUAAGACGAAGUUAUACGUUUUUUUUUCACUAGCCUUAAAUUUUAUUGACCUUGCUCUUAGACCGCUCACGCGUUACAACGAACUCUAGAAACUAAUAUAUUACUUUUUCCUAUAAAACAGUAACAGCAACUCAUUCAUAGGUUUCCGUGACCCGAUAGCCAAUAAUAUAACCUUUGGGCAUUUCUGAUUCAAACAUAAGUACAUUAACUGCGUCGGGUAGCGUUCCCGUCCGCGUCGUUCUAUCGCGGGAACCGUUUCUAUGGCACGGGCUGAUAAUGAAGUAGAGAUGUCCGCGUGUCGUAUGGGCGAGUACUGCUUAGAGAACCUCAUCCUCCGCCUGUGCCUGGCGGCGCUGGUGUCCUUCACCAUCUGGACGGUCAUGAGAUUCGUUCACGACCACACGUGCGUCCGUCCGUCUCACGCCGUACUAAUACCCGACACCGACUUCGACUCCAUACCAAACUUUCUGCACCUCCUCCAUGAGGUCGAACUCGAGUGACCUCCCGACUCUGACUCGCUAGACCUUAAUCUUCAACAACAGAUCACGUGUUUAAUAUUAUAUAACAGUAGUGGUUACAUUCCCAAAGCCCGUACUCUUGUAAUCGUUUCAAUCUCGUAGGCGAAUAAAUUAACUGUUGACAAAAUUAAGAAAUUAUUAUUAUUAAAAAUUAGUUCUGAUUAAUUUUAUAUUUGUAAAAAAUACGCUUUUUUUUCAAUGUUAACACAGCGCUGGAUGUUAUUGGAAUUUUUUAAAUAUACUUAUCAUUUUUAUAA